UGCCUACCUACUCGAGGACAGAUGAAGCGGACGCCAGGACGCAUCAACAGCGGCACCUUUUGACUUCUCCAUCCUAUGAGGACAGAUCAAUUCCUCUCCUUCUUGUCUAUUACGGAUGGCAGUUCAAAUGGAUAUCUACUCCUCCACGUUAUCACCCGCGCUGGACAUCUGCACAGGUUGUUACAUGCUGGUUGUAGCUGUGCUCUCCAUUGUGGGAAACGUGCUGGUCCUCGUCGUGGCGGCCAAGAGGUCAUCGAGGAUGAAAGCGCCGGAGCUGCUAAACGUGAACCUGGCAGUGACAGACCUGGGAGCAGCUGUCACCAUGUACCCCCUGGCGGCGGCCUCUGCCUGGAACCACCACUGGCUCGGGGGAGACGCUACCUGCGUCUAUUACGGCCUGAUCGGGUUCUUCUUCGGCGUCGCCAGCAUCAUGAACCUAACCUUAUUGGCUAUAGUGCGCUUCACUGUGUCCAUCAAUAUGAAAUCACCCAAUGAGAAAAUCAGCUUCAAGAACGUGAAGAUCCUGUGCAUGUGGACCUGGCUGUACGCUCUGAUCUGGGCUCUGUUCCCCAUUCUGGGCUGGGGACGGUACGGCCCGGAGCCCUUCGGCCUGUCCUGCUCUCUUGCCUGGGGACAAAUGAAACACGAGGGCUUCUCUAUGGUCAUCGCCAUGUUCUCCUUCAACCUGAUCAUGCCUUGUGUCAUCAUCAUCUGCUGUUACUUUGGCAUCGCCAUCAAGCUCUAUCUGGCCUACAAUAAGUCAAUGAACAGCAACCGAGUCCUUAAUAUUGUCAAGCUCCAACGAAGGCUGUUAAUGAUCGCUGUGCUUGUCAGCUUAGGCUUCAUAGUUUCCUGGGCGCCCUACGGAAUAGUGAGCCUAUGGUCUCUUUUCAGCGACAGUAGCACCAUCCCACCUGAAGUCAGCCUCCUGCCGUGCAUGUUUGCAAAGGGCUCCACUGCGUACAACCCCCUCAUCUACUACAUCUUUAGCCAGGGCUUCAAAAGAGAGGUGAAGCAGCUGUGCUGGUGUUGCCGCAGAUCUAACCCAUGCCACAUCUCCAACAACAUCAAUGACAACAAAAUGUGUAUGGUCGAUGUUGAUGUUACGUCCAGAGCACAAGCGACGUUCAGUUUGGAGGAGAUCGAGGAGUAAACGACAGUGACUUGGGGUUGAAUGGAUUUUUUUGGGGAUAUAAGAAGACGGACUUUUGUGCAAUUAAAUGUGGAGGAAAAACAUGUAAUCUCAUAAUGUGUUAUCUCACAAACAUUAUGAGGAUAGACAAACACAUGUAGGAAAAUGCUGGCCUUUAAUGUGCGAUUAAUGAGAAGGUAUGUUUGCACAAUAUGUUAAAUGCUGUGAAAGGUCAGCCAAUUAAGCAAUUCUUAGAGUUAAUUCUAUGUUUACAGGUGGCUAAACCCUAAAACCCUUGUAACCCAGAAAUGAAGGCCUACUCCCUGUUGAGUAACAGCCAGAUGUGACAGAUUUUUAUUAUUUAAAAUCUCGAGAAUCAUUCCGGUCUCCCUCAUUUAUGAUGCGUGAUCAUUAAUGAUGCAGAGAUACAAGACACAUGAAAUAUAAAGCACAGAACAAACAAAUGAUACUCAAUUAAAAAAUGAGUUGCACACAGAAGGGAAGUGACCUGAAAUAAGAGUCUUAGAGUAACAGUAAGAGUCAGAUUCAGAGUUAACCUGUGGGACAUGAGGCAUAAGGCAAAUUGGUAAGCAAAUUAUCCAGUUCUGCAUGGAUGCUAUAUAUGGUGGUGACAGUCCAAUGACAGAUUUAUGGAUAAA